AGCCAAAAUGAAAGAGAUAAUGAAGGAAGUGGAAGGAAAAGUGAAGUUUUCAAUGGCGGAUUCGACGAUGAUGUUACUUGUACAACAAGCAAUGGACAAAGCUCACGAAAAGAUCAAAACAAAACACGGUCUUCUCCUCCGCCUUAACGCUAUAUCCCUAUUCUACGAACUCGCCGUGUUACAGCUCGAGAGCUGUCUGAAUUUCGUGCAACAAGAGACCGAUAACCUCGAGAGCAACCACGAGGAAGUGGUCCGCGAUCUGAGGAAGAUCAAAGACAGGCUUCACCACCGUCUCCUCGAGACAGAGCUGGCUAUUCUCGAGAAAGACAGGGAGCUUUUAGAGAGGUCAGAGAACGAAGCGAGCUUGAGAAACGUCUUGGAGAGUAAAGAAACAGAGCUUGUUCAUUUGCAAGAUCUCGAGAGGAACAGGAGUAGUUGUAGUAAUGAGAUUGGUGAGGAGUUCUCUGAGCUGAAAAGCUCUGUUGAUCAUCAGGUGAUGAAUCUUAGACAAAAGCUUGAGACGGAGUACGAUGGUUUGGGGAAAGAGACGGAGGAUCCUUCAGGGGUUGAUAUAGAUGUUCUGAAAGGGACGAUGGAUCUUGCGUUUAACAAGAUGCAUCACGCGAUAUUCUUGUCUGAGUUAGGUCCCAUUGAGCAGAGCUGGAGAUGGUCUAUAGAGAGGGAGACAAUGGGGUUACUUAUAAAAGGUUUCAUGAAUGGUUUAGAAGAGGAGAAGAAGAAGGUAAUGAUGGUUGUUAAAGAUUAUGAAUCUAGGGUUUGUUUGAUUCGUAGAGAGGUGGAAUGUUUAGAAUCACAGAUCACCAUCCAUAGAACAUCAUCAUCAUCUCCUAGAGCAAUAACAACAUCAUCAUCUCCUAGAGCAAUAACAACAUCAUCAUCUUCAAUAGAUUGUGAAGUUGUUCUUGAUGAUAAAGAAGAAGAGGGAGAAGAAGAGGGAGAAGAUUCAAGCAACUAUCCUGUUUCGAAGUUGAUAAAGAGUCAUGAAUCGAUCAUUAGGAGGAAGAGCGAAGAGCUUGUUCCUCCUAAAAUCGAGUCUAUUAAACGCCAGAGGAGCUGCAACAGCUCUAGCUUGAAACGAGGUAUUGAUGAUAUCGUCGCAGGUCUUGAUAGCUUGAUGUCUCUUAACACUAAGCUGUUCGAACAUUUUGUUUAUGAUGAGGAUUAUGAUAGACGUGAUAAUGAUGAAGUGGUAAUGGGCGAUGGUUUGGAUGAUGUUUGGAAGAAAAUGCAGAAACAUAGAUCGGUGCUGUCUGAAAAUGAGGUAGAGGUGAAAGAAGACGUAGAAAUGGAGUUAAUGAUCUUGGAAGAUACUUACUUGACUCUACUCAAAGGUUUGUUAACAGAUGAAAUCACAAAAAUUAAGAAAACAGAAGAAGACAUGGAGAGCCAAAAGAAUCUAAACUGGGAGAAAGAUUUUGAGAUUCUUCGUGAAGAUGAAGCAUUCAGACAAGAAGUGGACUGGAUUACUGUAAGAGAGUUGCUACAAGGAGUUUCAGAGAAUAUAGAGAAUCAUAAAAGGAUUGAAGCAGAAAAUAAAAGGCUGCUUGAGGAACAAGGAAAAAGGGCAUGCUUGGAUACAUCUCUAGUCUUUGAUGAUUUUGAGAUUAAUCGUGAGGAUGAAAAUUUCAGACAAGAAGUGGACUGGAUUAUUGUAAGAGAGUUGCUAAGAGAAGUUUCAGAGACUAUAGAGAAUCUUGAAAGGAAUGAAGCAGACAAUAAAAGGUUGCUUGGGGAACAAGUAGAGAGGGCAAGCUUGAAUACAUCUCUAGUCUUUGAUGAUUUUGAGAUUCUGCGUGAAGAUGGAGUGUUUAGACAUGAAGUGGAUUGGCUUAUUGUAAGAGAGUUGCUAAUAGAAGUUUCAGAGACUGUAAAGAAUCUUGAAAGGAAUGAAGCAAACAAUAAAAGGUUGCUUGAGGAAGAAGUAAAGAGAGUGUGCAUGGAGAUAUCUUUAGUUUUUGAUGAAUUUGAUUUCAAGAUUCAAGAGAAGUUAAAGAUGGCAAAUUUAGGGUUACAAAACUCGGAGGAACAUAUUGAUUCAACAGUGGAUUAUAUAGCAGAGUUAAGACGAAAAGAAUCUGCAUAUAGAACAGCUUUUGUUCUUAGGUCUGAGAAUCUCAUAAAGGCAGAAACUGAGGUUGAUCUUCUGGGAGAUCAAGUAGAUUCGCUUGUGAAGCUUCUGCAGAAAACGCUUUGGACAUUUCAUCAACAUCCAUCGCUUCUCUGCAAUCACUCAGAUAUAUCAGAAAUUUGUAAGAUGAUCAAGGAAGUGUUAUACGAGGAUUACAAACCAAACUAACUUGCAGAAUAAUAGUCAACAUGCGCGUCAAUACCGUCUCUUUCACUAUCAAAGGAUGAAAUUAACAUUAUGGAAUUCUUGCCGCAAAACACACAGGAUUUGUCUCACUUUGGCUAAUCACACCCAAGCAUCCAGCACCGGUCGUACACAUUACGACGUCCACACAAAUGAUUAUAUCCGUAUACAUCCAGCCACUUAUGUCCAUCACAAUAACGUUCAAGCAACUGCGUCCAU